CAACUAUACCAAAAAUCUAAAUCCAAAGAGGUCUUGAACCGACCCAAGUUGUUUCUAACUGCACCAGCAGUUAUUUCAAUAAUAUGGCAUAACGGGGGGGAAACAAAAUUCAUUUGUAAUUACUAUGAGACGUACUUCUUAUACUUGAUUUUUUCGAAGCAUGCGCGAUCCAUCCGGAGUAGAGCGGUCGAUCUGCCUGAAAUGCAGAGCAGAAGACCGCGAAUGUCUGGAAUUCAUUCCUGACAAUCUAGAUACGGACGCCCUCGACAACGGCGACUUCUGCUGGGAAGAGCAGCAACGGGACUUAGCAACCACGAAGGUGCUGCCCUGCAUAUUGUAUGUUCACAGGCUUGAUAGGGUACGAUUUCAUGAUAAAUAGAUACUUUAUUUAUGUGAUUGGUUAUGGUUAAUAAUGUGAAGAAGACUAUCGUUAUCCUAAUGUUGGUUACUGAGCUUUGAUCUCGAUUUCCCUAUCCUCUACGUGUACACUCCUUGUUGCUUGGAUGGCAGAGACAACGAGUUUUUCUCGUAAACUUGAUCAACAUAAUACGCGAAGAGCUGUAAGUAAGUUGUUUGUAGGGAAGAUCGUGCGAUCGAUCUUCGUACUGUUAUUUUUUUGUUCUCUCUCAUAUACUGGAGAGCAUCAACGCAUACGAGGAGAGAACGUUUGUCGCGAACUCGAGCAAGAGCGCCUUAGCGCAAACGACCUCGCCGACACGGACACGGCGGCAGUCACUUGGCGCUAGUGGCCCUAGCUCUCCCCCACGCGGCCGCAGUAGCAUAUCAUCCCCGCUGCGUGGUCCGAAGGACGUCGCAGGUCAGUUGGGUAGUUCUGGUAGAAAAAGUCUGACAACUACUGCUCGUCGAGGAGCAGGUGACGAUGGAGGAGGUGAUUGCAGUGAUAUAAUCUGUGCAUCUGCGGCGGAUACUGUGAUCGCACCAUCCACGCUAAUACAGAAACGGGCGAAAAAUGAGGCCGUGAGUGGCAUCUGUGCAUGCGGCUGUCCGUCCGAAGAGCAUCGACGAGAGGUGCUCACGAAAAAAGAGCAAGUCGUGAUCGACUUUCUGCGGCCAUACUUCCAGAUGCUGAAGCUUAGCUACUCGGUGAUGCAAUCUGUGACCGACACGGUUUUCCUAGACAUCCCUCGAACAGAAUUCACCUACGGCGAAAUCUACGACGUCGCCUUCCUCCAGUUCCUGAACCGCCUGUGGCAGACGUACCACUCUAGCGAUGCGGAAAAAUCUAACAAGCUGGUUGAAGUGGAAGAUAAUCUGAAGCAGGAAGACAUCAAGGAAGAGACCAGGGCAGACAAAAUCGACGCUUCUUCAGCAACUGAGCCAGGAACGCCGUCACCUGUUCGAAAACGCAGGUCGGCUUUUACAGAGGACUACAACGAUAAGAAUAAGUGUAGUAGUGACAAUGACGUCACAUCGCCUUCGCACCAUUCAACUAGUGUGGGAUCAUCAACGUCUUUACUAGGAGGUGCAUCAACCCCAACUAGAAGUACAACUAGUGGCAUGAACAAAAUCAACUCAUCCGAAGAUGUUGGUGCAGGAGCAGCUCUGCCGCGCUCGCCCUUUCACGACCGACUCAGGACGACAUUCAAUGGGGGAUCAGGCGGCCGCGUCGUCGAUGAAAAUUGCUACUCAGGGUCGUUUGUAGACUUAGGAUGUGGGACCGGGAAGGCCUGUUUUCUGGCGACCUUGUGCCAGUGGCAAUUCCGGAAAUGCAUUGGCGUGGAGCUACUUCCCGGUCUACACGAAUUAGCGCAGCGCUUGUCGAAGAAAAUGCGCUUACCCAAUGCUAUGAAUCUUCUUGGGUUUUCUUUAAAUAUUUCGUUGGAGAUGGAGUGGGACGAGAGUUACUAGUUGUAGUUGUAGCUUUCUGGAUAAAAAUGAGUAUAAGGUGUAAAUUAGAUAGCACAUCCAUGCCACGUGCACGUCCAUGCGUGUUGCAAAAAACUAAAACUACAGAUUGUGAUCUCAUUGACCCACCGUCUAAAGUGAUCGAGUUCCAGUUAGGGGAUGUGCGCGAUUGUGUAGUUCCACCUGAUACGAAGCUUGUAUACGUGGCAAGCACCGUUUUUGGUCCCGAGCUCUUGUACGAUUUGCGGCACAAGGUUCUUUAUGGAAUAAUUCAAGUUUGAUCUUCUUCUUGUGGGGAGCAAAACAAGAAGAAUUCGUCGAAUUAUGUCAAACAAAACUCAUCUUCCGUCCUCUUGUUCCUGUUCAUCGUCCGUCCUCUUGUAUUUAACUCACCACUUUGUUCCUCUUCGUUUUUUUCUAAGCACCAAAUCGCUUGCCGCCCUCAUGCCUAAUCGUCACGCUGAAAAAUAAACUGCCUGACGUGGAGUUUUUAGAGGAGACCGAAAUUUUGGUGUCUUGGGGUUAUUCGCCAGCUUAUGUGUGCAGGAUUCCGCCAACAUAGAUUUGAUGACUCUGACAUGUUGCCUACUCGAAUACUCAAAAUAAGCGAGUUACUGACUGAAAUAAGAGAGUCUUGACUACAUUCCCCUUCUUUCAGCAUCUCCCUUAUUUUAAGUAGUUACUCGCUUAUUUCAGUUUUUCGAAUACAUGUUACCCGCUACAUGUAGUUGUCGAUACGCUUGGGCAUAUGUUCAUCGGGAUAUUCUACCUUGAAGAACUACAGGUGACCUAUACAUCGGCUUGUUUCCUUUUUUCCUAGGACAUCUGCGCGAUUUUUUCCAAUUUCAUCUUGUUCCGCACAUCGUUUUUCCGUCUCGUCAAUGAC